AUGCCUGCCGCCGUCGCCUCCUCUCCUGCUACUACUAGCAAGGAGACCGCUCAGUCGGUUGCCGUCCUCGAGGACCUCUUCAAGACCCUCAACGCCAACGCCGCCGCUGGCAACCUCGCCACUCUCUUCAGCGGUCCCAUCCCCGAGCAGGUCCUCCCUGUCAAGGCCGUCGAGAACUUCAAGAAGGGCCUCGGCAACAAGAAGGAUGCUGUCGCUCGUGAGCGUGCCCUCCAGGGUAUUCGUGCCAUCGCUUCCCACCAGUCCAUCGCUCCUGGUGUUGAGCCUCACCUCGCCUCUCUGAUCGGCCACGUUCUGGCUGCCGUUGGUGACAAGCAGGUCCCCGUCAAGGAGAUGGCCGAGUCCACCGCCGCUGCCCUUGUUCAGGCUAUCAACCCCAACGCCGUCAAGGCCAUUGUUAAGCCCAUUCUCGAGUCUCUGCAGAACGCCCAGAAGUGGCCCGAAAAGAUGGCUGCCCUGAAGUGCAUUGAGAUCCUCAUCGAGUCUGCCCCCGCUCAGCUCUCCUUCCAGGUUCCUGCCAUCAUCCCCGUUAUCUCUGAGGCCAUGUGGGACACCAAGGCCGACAUCAAGAAGGCCGCCUACUCCACCAUGGAGAAGGUUUGCGGUCUGAUUGCCAACAAGGAUAUCGAGCGUUUCAUUCCCGAGCUCAUCAAGUGUAUUGCCAAGCCCGAGAACGUCGCUGAGACCGUUCACUUGCUCGGUGCCACCACUUUCGUUUCCGACGUCACUGGCCCUACCCUCGCCAUCAUGGUUCCCCUGCUGGACCGUGGUCUCGUCGAGCGUGAGACCGCCAUCAAGCGUAAGGCCGCUGUCAUCGUCGACAACAUGUGUAAGCUGGUCGAGGAUCCCCAGAUUGUCGCUCCUUUCUUGCCCAAGAUGUUGCCCGCCCUGAACAAGAACCACGACACCCUUGCCGACCCCGAGGCCCGUGAGAAGACCAAGCAGGCCCUUGACACCCUCUCCCGUGUUGGUAACAUCGUCGAUGGCAAGAUCCCCGAGAUCUCCACCGCUGGUGACAUCUCCACCGUCUCCGCCAUCCUUAAGGAGAUCCUCGAGGAGAAGCACAAGGACACCAUCAAGUCCCACGAGGCUGUCAUCGACUACGUUGCUGCCAUCGCUGGUCAGCUCGUUGACGAGAAGGACUCUGACGCCACCACCUGGACCCAGAACGCUACCUCCUACAUCAUCGCCAUCGUCGGUGAGGCUGAUGCCAAGUCCAUUGCUGAGACCCUCCGCAAGAAGGCCUCCCCCGAUGCUGCCGCCGCCGAUGAGAUGCCCUCUGACGAGGAGGAUGGAGUCGACCUUUGCAACUGCACUUUCUCUCUGGCCUACGGUGCCAAGAUUCUGCUUAACCAGACUCACCUGCGUCUGAAGCGUGGCCAGCGUUACGGUCUGCUCGGUCCCAACGGUUCCGGCAAGACCACCCUCAUGCGCGCUAUCAACAACGAGCAGCUUGAGGGUUUCCCCAAGAAGGAUGAGGUCAAGACCGUCUAUGUCGAGCACGACCUGGACGCUGCCGAUACUGAGCUGACUGUCAUUGGCUGGACCAGCAAGAAGCUGCUUGAGGUCGGUCUCACUCUCUCCGAGGAUGAGAUCCGCACCGCCCUGGUCAACGAGUUCGGCUUCCAGGAGUCUCAGCUCGAUGGUCUCAUCACCUCCCUCUCCGGUGGUUGGAAGAUGAAGCUCGCCCUGUGCCGUGCCGUCUUCGAGAAGCCCGAUAUUCUGCUUCUGGACGAGCCCACCAACCACUUGGACGUCAAGAACGUUGCCUGGUUGGAGGAAACUCCCCCCUGCACCUCCAUCAUGGUGUCUCACGACUCCCGCUUCCUGGACCACGUCAUUCAGCACGUUGUCCACUACGAGCGCUUCAAGCUUAAGCGUUACCGCGGUACCCUGUCCGACUUCGUCAAGCGUGUCCCCUCUGCUCGCUCCUACUACGAGCUCGGUGCCUCCGACAUGGAGUUCAAGUUCCCCGAGCCCGGUUUCCUUGAGGGUGUCAAGACCAAGUCCAAGGCCAUCAUCCGUGUCAACCAGAUGUCCUUCCAGUACGAGGGUACCCCCAAGCCCCAGAUUCGCGACAUUACCUUCCAGGUCUCCCUGGGUUCCCGUAUUGCCGUCAUUGGUGCCAACGGUGCCGGAAAGUCCACCCUGGUCAACGUCCUGACCGGUGAGCUGAUCCCCACUGCCGGUGAUGUCUACCAGCACGAGAACAUCCGUAUCGCCUACAUUAAGCAGCACGCUUUCGCUCACAUCGAUCACCACCUGAGCUCCACCCCCUCCGAGUACAUCCAGUGGCGUUUCCAGACCGGUGAGGACCGUGAGACCAUGGACCGUGCCAACAAGAUCGUCACCGAGGACGAUGAGAAGGCCAUGGACAAGAUCUACAAGGUCGAGGGUACCAUGCGUCGUGUCGUCGGUAUCCACUCUCGUCGCAAGUUCAAGAACACCUACGAGUACGAGAUCUCUUGGGCUCUUGGUGACAACAUCGGCAUGAAGUCCGAGAAGUGGGUUCCCAUGAUGUCCAACGAGAACACCUGGUUGCCCCGUUCCGAGAUUAUCGUCUCCCACUCCAAGCAGGUCGCCGAAGUCGAUCAGAAGGAGGCCCUCGCCUCCGGUCAGUUCCGUCCUCUGGUCCGUAAGGAGAUCGAGCAGCACUGCGCCAACUUCGGCCUCGACGCCGAGCUGGUUUCUCACUCCCGCAUGCGCGGUCUGUCCGGUGGUCAGCGUGUCAAGGUCGUCCUUGCCGCCUGCUCUUGGCAGCGUCCCCACGUCAUCGUCCUGGAUGAGCCUACCAACUACCUGGACCGUGACUCCCUGGGUGCUCUGUCCAAGGCUAUCAAGUCUUUCGAGGGUGGUGUUAUCAUCAUUACUCACUCCCGUGAAUUCACUGAGAACCUGACUGAGGAAGUCUGGGCUGUCAACGACGGUCUCAUGACCCCCUCCGGCCACAACUGGGUUCAGGGUCAGGGUUCCGGUCCCCGUCUGGACGCCAAGGGUGACGACGACGAGGACAAGUUCGAUGCCAUGGGUAACAAGAUUGUCACCGAGAAGAAGAAGAAGCUUACUGGCUCUGAACUCCGCAAGAAGAAGAAGGAGCGUGCCGCCCGCCGCAAGCGUGGUGAGGAGGUCUUCUCCGAUGAGGACGAUAUCUAA